UGGAGACAUCGCGUCACACAUGGCUGUUCGGCUGCCCAAUCCCUGUGACAGUGACCGCAGCCGGCAUAAUGCUGUGCCAGGGGGAUCGCAGCCUUCCAAAUCGCAGUGCACACCUGCUGUCGCUGCACUGCUGUCAGAGACUCAAGACAGGCCUCUGGAACAGUUCGCUGGUUGUCAAGACAUGUACGACGAAUCAACAGACCUCUGGUCAUGGGACGACAACAGUAGCCCGAUGGAAGAUGCUUCAACAAAUACUGCACGCCCCCAUGGCCAAGUACAAGACACUUCAGACAGCCAACCACGCAAUGGCGGUGGUGCAAAACCAUCAGAGGCUGCAGCUGUACCAUCUGCAGCAAGUUCCAGUGCCGCUGCAGCGGCAAGUUCUAGCGCCGCUGUGCCAGCUGGCACGAAACGCGCUUCAACCUGCAGCAGCCAGAGGCAAACGGCGGUCUCAAUUGAAUUGGGUGCCCGCCUAGAUGCCAUCAAAGAGGACCGUGAUCAAAAGAAAAAGGAGCAUUUAUUGAGGCUGAAAUUCAUGCGCAUCGAACACAAGCAGAAGAAAG